GUACUCUCACCAUCACCACCACCAUCUCGUCAUCAUCCUCAAGAGGCACAGCGUCGUCGUCUGAUGCCCAUCCCCAACAUUCCCUCAACAUACCCUACCAUCCUAACAUCAUCAACCUCCGCCUCAGCCCCACAUACCACAUGUCCGCAUCACGGCCUCGUCCACCACAGACAGGACACACCCGUCUCCCAUCAGGCGAUUUCCCUACCCGCAUCCCGCUGUCCAUUUCCACAGACCGUAUUACACCGGAAGACGAUCCCUUCAGCCCUCCGAUAGUCGGGCUUGGUGUAAGCGUGACACAGGCAGCGCAUAGUGCAGUCCAGCUGGUGCAGCCUGGAGAACGGGACGAGGAUGAUGAUGAUAGGGAUGGGGAGAUGACUGGUGGGGAGGAUGAUGAUGACGCUGGGACGAUUCGUGAACACCCACGAAGACGGAAAGAUGCUGGUUCGGGGCAUGCGACGCAGGCAAGCAACGGGUCGCCUCACAAGUGGAAGGGGAAGGCGCGUGCAGUGGAAGUAGAUCUAGAGAAUGGGGUGGGGAUACAGAUGGGAACGCUGGACUAUACCCAGGUGGACAGCGUCUCCCCGACCGCGUCGUAUCCCCCAGUCAGCGAUGAUACGAUGGAGGAGCGAAAGGUCGCUGAGAACCUAAAACGCUGGGAAGAACAGGACCGUCAGCGAAGAAAAGCCGCACGAGACGCGCGUCGCUCUCGUGCCGAGUCGUCAACGGGGGAUCCCUCUCUCUCGGCCGGCAGCCUGGCGGAAGUCACACGACGCGCGUCGUACCUCUUACGUGGUGGGAGGAGAAGAGAAGGUGCACCGGAGAGAACCAGCGUACAUAGUAUGACGAGCGAUGCCCCUCUUCGACCUCUAUCCAUGGGUGUGCUAAGAGCAGGAGAGCCGGCAGACGCAGAAAGAGGGAUGCUCCAGGAACCAGCGACACCCAGUACUGCCCGCUCACAAGCGCAUACAUUCUCCCCUCACACAAGUCCACUCUCUUCCCGUCCCCCACCAGCGCACCUGCACACCCAUACCCGCAGCACCUCCAGCGGCAGGUCUCGACCAAAACACUCGCGCACACCGCACGGCAGUAGCGUCUCCUCCGCCUUUGGCGGUAUGCGAGAAACGGACGGGGAGGAUCCGUUUUCUGCCCGCUCGUCGUCCGAACAUGCGAGGGAUAUGGACCAUCCUUUACCUCCCCUUCCUGAAUUAGAAGACGUCGCCCUCCAGGAUACACGAUGGCAGCCUACGCUUACGCGGCAGAUGACGGCAAGCGACGGACCGAGCAGCAGUAUCGAGAGCGAGCCAUCACCCGUCCCCCAUAGCCACACGCACCAGCAUACAGCGAAACGAUGGUGGCUAGACUGGUGUUGCGGGUGUGGGGGCGAGGAGUCGGACGAUGAUGACCAGGCUGGGAGGACGAACCCUUUUGAGUGAAGCUGCAGCUCAUGUCAUGCACCGGACUUGGGAUUUUUACGUGCAUACAUUAUCCUGCGUGCAUACCUAUUUCAUGUAUUCGGAUAUCGCAACUCUUACUCUGCUAUUUG